AUGUCCUCCCAAUCAUUUAACGUUGAUGUAUGCCUCUUCGAUCUGGACGGCACUCUAGUGAAUACGAUCAAGGCAUCCGAAGCCGUCUGGACAGAUCUAUGUAAUGAGCACGGUGUGAAUCCACAAGAAUUGUUCAAACACUCUCACGGUGUCAAGACUUCUGAAGUACUUGCCGAAUGGUUUCCCAUGUUGGAUAACACCGACGAUAAGGCUGUUAAGUACUUGGAGGAAUCCAUGGGUCGUGAUCAUUUGAGUUCAGUCUUCGCAGUUCCAGGUGCCAUUGACUUGUUAAAACAAUUGGAUAUCGAUACUGAUACGGGUAAAAAAUUCAAAGACAAGAAGUGGGCCAUUGUUACGUCAGGUUCUACUUAUAUUGCAUUUGGUUGGUUCAAAAGCAUCUUAAGCGAAUUGGAAAAACCUGAAGUCUUCGUGACAGCUUUCGAUGUUAAAAAUGGGAAGCCUGAUCCAGAAGGUUACAGCAAAGCCCGUGACGAAUUAUGCAAGACUUGGAAUUUUGACGUGAAGACUGCCAAAUCUGUGGUCUUUGAAGAUGCUCCAGUUGGGAUCCAAGCUGGUAAGGCCAUGGGUGCCAUUACCGUCGGGAUUACGUCCACUUACGAUAAGAAGGUCUUGUUUGAUGCUGGUGCUGAUUAUGUUGUUAGGGAUUUGUCUCAAAUAACCAUCAAGAAGAACACUCUCACUGGUGGAAUUACUCUGGAGGUUAAAGAUGGGUCUACCAAUAAUGGUGUAACUGUUGAAGCCAAAGAUAAACAAUGUUGA